UCAAUUCAACUCAACUUAUCACAUUACAAUCGUCAGGGACUUAAGCUCACACGAGCAGAUACGCACUCCAUGUCUCCUGAUACAAACCUCAAAGACCCUACCGUCCUUCACAAGGUCGCACGGGUAGUACAUGCAUGGAAGCGAGAGUCAAGCAUGCUCCAAAUGGUCACUUCAUUCAUCUCAAAGCCCCCAUCGAUUCAAACGGCAGAUGCUCGUCAGCAUACCGUAUGGUUGUUUGAUAAUACUGCCUAUCAGGUACCGGCGCCCACAGCAUCAAGACAGGCAUCAUGGCACGCAGAAGUCGUGGCCUGCGCUUUCCGCAAGAAUAGCCGAAGGGAUAUCACCAAGCUCGUCGCCAUGAUUGCAGACCUCAUUGGACUGGACGGGGAGAUGGGAACGGACAAGGAGACACGCCAUCGGAUAACAGAACGACUACAGCCAUUUCUGUUCCAUACUGCCUCUGCACACUUGAUGACACUAGAAACUCCCCUGCCGAACAGCACCAUCCAGAUGCAGAAGAUCGGGCCCACCGAUGAGAGUGGCAUCAGUAGUCAGACAAUCAGCGCGAACAGCAAGCACAUCACAGAUGGCACUAAAAUUCGAUCAUAUCUUCGAGGUUGGGGAAACCAGGUUUUCAUGGACACCAUCUUUGCUGGUCCAGAAGGUUGGCUUGUCAUCUCCGACAUCGACGAUACAAUCAAGUACACCAAGACUUCUGAGACCACUGGCAUCCUUCGCACCACGUUCGUCGAAGAGCCCAAGCCUAUUGCCGGAAUGCCUCAACUCUAUGCCCAUAUCCAGAAUCAGCUUGUACCUGCAUGGUUCUAUGUCUCAGCGUCUCCUUAUAAUUUGUACCCUUUUUUGCACGGAUUCCUUGGUUCAUAUUUCAGUCCGGGUACGAUGAUUCUUCGAGACUCAUCCUGGUUGGAUAUCAGCGAGCUAGUAAAGUCCUUCACCGUUAACACACACGAGUACAAGGUGGACCGCGGGGAGAAAAUUCAUGGAUGGUUUCCCAAGCGCCAAGUGCUCUGUAUCGGAGACUCCACCCAGCAAGAUCCCGAGGCCUACGCAGAACUUUAUAAGAGGCAUCCGCACUGGAUCCAAGCGAUUUGGAUCAGGAAGGUUACAGACGUGCCUCACUUGGAUGAACAGAACUCCCCAGAGAGAUUCAAAACUGCGUUUGCGGGUAUUCCAGAACACGUGUGGAGGGUGUUCGAACAACCGGCGGAAGUGCAUCAUCUGGUGGCUGAACUUGAGUCAAGCAGUCGACAGGCACAAUCCCCAAAACAAGGCCUGGUCUACCCACAGAAACUUCCGCCACCGCCAAAAGACAUGAUAAGCCGUUCUCUCUUGGGUUACGUCAACAUGAGACCUGCAAAGCCUCAGUCAACCACGAUGGACGAACAGACGUUCGUGCCACCAACAAUGAGAGCGCUUUACUUCAGCCCGGCAUCAACAGCCAUCACAGACCACACAUCUAUGGACGAGCCUAGGACUGAUUCCCACGUGAAGUUCGACACGGACUUUCAAACUCCCAUCCCUUCAGGGAACGACUAUCUCGUCAAGGUGCAGGCAGCCGCCUUUUCCCAUGAUGAGCUCCGGCUAUCUAAUAUUUUGAACCCAUCCAAGUCCAUUCCGCAGAUCCCUUUGCAUAGCUUCUGUGGUACGGUCAUUAGUACCCCUGAAAAAGACCACUGGAACCCAGACGGGCCCAAAUUCAAGGUUGACGACGCCGUCUUUGGGCUGAUCAAGCACACGCGCGACGGUGCAGCAGCCGACUACGUCAUCGUAUCAGAAGAUGAGCUGGCGUACAAGCCCAAGAACAUCAGCGCUGCUGAAGCAGCUACCAUUCCCAUGCCCGCCUUGACGGCUUGGGAAGCGAUAUUUAAGUACGCCGGGCUUGACACCGCCGAUGUUAAACAUGGUCGCCAGCAGCUACGGGUUCUCAUUACCAACGCGCGCAACAAUGAGAUUGCCACUCAGGCACUACAGUUGCUUCGAUCGCAUAAGCUCUUCCCGCACUCGCGGCCCUGGAUUUGCGCAACCUGUGACGCUAAAGAUCAGGAGGAAUACCUGCGGAAAGAAUACAACGUGGACGCGACAAUCUAUGCGCCACUUCCCCUACCACAUGACUAUGAUCUCGGAUCUAUCUUCCGCAAGAACCGCUGGGAUCCCGUAGAUAUCGUCCUGGACUGCGCCGGUCAGGAGAUGUUCGAGCAAGCACACUCUCCAAAGGUCAUCAAGGAACAUGGUGCUGUCCUGACCGCGGUAGACUCGACGCCGGCGGAAGCCAGGGACCCUCUCCAUGACGAUGAGCCACGCAAGGAUGGCGUGCUUAGUCGCUUCAUUAUUGUCAGCCCCAACGGUGAAGCCUUGAGCCAGAUUUCCGAGCUAGUUGAGGCAGACGAGGUCCGAGGGAGGGUCGAGAGUAUCAAGGACUUGGUUGACGGUAGACGAAGCAUACCCUUGAAAGUAACUAACGACAUGGUGGAAGAGUAA